AGGGCGCCUGCUCCGAGUUCCGAGUUCCGACUGAAAUCAUUGAGAGUUUGAGAGAGAUUAUUUUCCAACUACGACGGGAAAGUUGUAAAUAGUUUUCGAUAAAAUUUCUUUGUUACGCAUAAACCAAACACAUUGCAUAAAAUAAAAAGUGAUUGAUUUAGCAAGUGAGUGACGACAGUGAUGGAAAACCAUAAAGUGUGUGCCUUUUAAAAACAAAAAGCUAUCAUCGCAUACUUAUCCCAACGCCAUUUUGAGGCGAAAUUGUAUAUUAUAGCGAGAGCGGAGGAUGGCCCGAGGCGGCGGGAUCAUUGUAAUUAACUGACGGACCCUGCCGGCUCACAGCUGGCACAAGCAGGAAGAAUGCCACGUCCCGGCAGCCUCAAGGAUCCUGACAUUGCUGAGUUAUUUAGUAAACAUGAUCCUGAAAAGAUCUUCGAAGAUCUCCGAGAAAUUGGCCAUGGGUCGUUUGGGGCGGUAUACUAUGCCCGCUGCAAUCUCACCAAAGAGAUUGUGGCUAUUAAGAAAAUGUCCUACCUGGGGAAGCAGAGUGAAGAGAAGUGGCAGGAUAUCUUGAAGGAGAUAAAGUUCCUGAAGCAGUUGGAUCAUCCUAACACUAUAGAAUACAAGGGCUGUUAUAAAAGGGAGCAUACAGCAUGGCUUGUUAUGGAGUACUGUGUAGGCUCAGCUUCCGAUAUAAUCGAGGUUCACAAACGCCCCCUGCGCGAGGAAGAAAUCGCUGCGAUAUGUGAAGGAGUUGUCUGCGGCCUGUCGUACUUGCACAGCCUCGGUCGGAUUCACCGCGACAUCAAAGCCGGCAAUAUCCUGCUUACGGAGAAUGGGACGGUGAAACUGGCGGACUUUGGCAGCGCCAGUAUAAAAUGUCCCGCCAACAGCUUUGUCGGUACUCCCUAUUGGAUGGCGCCCGAAGUCAUACUGGCCAUGGAUGAAGGACAAUAUGAUGGGAAGGUGGAUGUAUGGUCUCUCGGUAUAACAUGUAUCGAGCUGGCAGAAAGGAAGCCUCCGUAUUUCAACAUGAACGCCAUGUCUGCUCUCUACCACAUCGCUCAAAACGAUUCGCCUACUUUACAAGCCCCAGAAUGGACAGACACAUUUCGAUAUUUUGUUGAAGCGUGCCUACAAAAGAACCCCCAGGAUCGUCCGUCGUCAACGAAGCUGCUUUCCCACCCGUACAUCACUCGGCCUCGAUCUAUCAACGUUCUUGUUGAUCUCAUACAGAGGACCAAGGCCGCCGUUAGGGAUCUAGACAACUUGAAUUAUAGGAAAAUGAAGAAAAUUCUAAUGGUCGAUGGGGACAAUGAGAGUGCUAUUGGUGACAGCGAAGAGACGGCGGAGGAGCGCUCGGGCGGAGACAGCUCCAAGUCGAACUCGGCGACGUCCGAGCACAGCGCGGCCGGCGCCUCCAGCCAGAGCUCGUCCUCCGGCAGCCUGCGUCGCCGACCGCGCCCGCUAAACGCAAACCACCAAAACCAGCAACAGGCGCAAUACCAGCAAUACAACCACCAACCCGCCCACUCUGUCAGAGCCCGCAAGCGUUCGCUUUUCUCAUGUUGCUGUUUGAUACGCAGAGAGAGCGAGAGCCCCAUACCUGGGUCUCACGACGACUACGUCAACAGAGACGUUCUGCGGGAUUACGCGAACAGAGACUCCCUCUGCGACGACUAUGGGGACGACUACGCGAACAGGGAAGCGAUACGCGAAGCGCAAAGAGAGAGGGAGAGGGAGAGACAGGCCAACGAGUACAGGGAGUACGUGAACGCGCCGUCCGCGUGGCAGCAGGACAGCGGCGACGACAAUAGGAACACGCAGCGACGACAGACGCAUAGAGGCGUCAGUAAUAACGUUUCCGCCGCGAUAUCGCUGGUGUCGGAACACGGCGCGAAUAACUUUGCAACGAUACGGACCACCAGUAUCGUUACGAAACAACAGAAGGAACACAAUCAGGAAAUGCACGAACAAAUGUCUGGCUACAAGCGCAUGCGGCGCGAACACCAAGCCGCGCUGCUCAAGCUGGAAGAGCGCUGCAAGGCAGACGUGGAGGCGCACAAGGCGCAACUCGACCGCGAGUACGAAUCGCUGCUGCAACAACUGUCACGCGAGUUGGAGCGACUACAGACAAAACACGCGCAAGAGCUGGAAAGGAAGCAGAAGCAAAACGCCGCUGCCGAAAAGAAGCUCACCAAAGACAUCACGGCGCGUCAAGAACAGGACAGGAAGGCGUUCGAGGCGCAGCGCAAACGCGAGUACAAGGCCAACAAGGAGCGGUGGAAAAAAGAGCUCAGCAUGGACGACGCCACGCCCAAGCGGCAGAGGGAUGCCACGUUACAGUCUCAAAAGGAUAACCUGAAGCAGGCGGAGGCGCAGGAGGAGACGCGGCUGCUGCGCGCGCAGCACGAGUACCUGCAGCUGGAGUUGCGGCGCUUCAAGCGGCGCCGCAUGCUGGCGCAGCAUCACAAGGAACAAGAGCUGUUGCGGGAGGAGCUGAACAAGCGGCAGCAACAGUUGGAGCAAGCGCACACGAUGCUGUUGCGACACCACGAGAAGACACAGGAGCUCGAAUACCGCCAACAGAAGGGUGUGCACGCACUUAGAGAGGAGCAGCUGUCGAACCAGCACGCGACGGAGCUCGCCAACCAGCGCGAGUACAUGCAGCGCGCGGAGCACGAGCUACGCAAGAAGCACGCCUUGCAGCUCAAACAGCAACCCAAGAGCCUCAAGCAAAAAGAAAUGCAGAUCCGUAAGCAGUUUCGGGAAACGUGUAAGAUACAGACGCGCCAGUACAAAGCCCUCAAAGCACAGAUAUUGCAGAUGACGCCAAAGGAGCAACAAAAAGAAGUUAUAAAGUCUUUGAAGGACGAAAAACGUCGCAAACUGGUUCUUCUCGGCGAGCAAUACGACCAGAGUAUAAGUGAGAUGUUGCAGAAACAGACUGUGCGUCUCGACGAGAGUCAGAUGAUGGAGUGUCAGCAACUAAAAAUGCAGCUGGACCACGAGUUGGACAUGCUGACGGCCUACCAGAGCAAGAGUAAGAUGCAGGCGGAGGCGCAGCGCGACCGCGAGCGACGCGAGCUCGAGGACCGCGUCGCCGUGCGGCGCGCGCUGCUCAAAGCGAAGAUGGAGUCGGAGUGCGCGCAGUUCGAGGCGGAGCGGGCGGAGCGCACGCGCAUGCUGCACGAGCGCCACGAGCGCGAGCUCGAGCACUUCGACAACGAGAGCACAAACCUCGGCUUCAGUCCAAUAGCGAUCGCGGAAGGCAGUCGAGAGGGGUACGGUGAAGAGGAGCAGUCUCUCUCCGGCUCGAUGCUGUCACUCGCGCACAGCAACUCGUCCGCGAGCUUCCCCGCCGGCUCGCUCUAACCUGCGCCCCGCCCCCCACCACACACACACACACUCACUCACACACAUUAAACUGAUCGCACACUAGAACGCAUCGCACGUGCCGAAUGGAACGCAUUAUUAACUGUUAUCAAAUCGAGUGACGUCAUCAGUACUCCCUCACGAGCCACACAAAAUCAUCUAUUUCGCACAUUGAAAACAAAACUGACCUUAUUCAAAAAUCAUGAUUUUUUAAGGGAUUUGCAUUUAGCAAUCGAGCUUAAAACGACAAAGUAUAAAGUAACAUUAGUGUCAUCUAG